AUGCGGAGUUCGGUCGCGACGGCAGCCGGCAUUGCAGGUGACCCUCGCUUGCUAAGCUUGAUUUACGCAGCGACAGGAGAACAGGUGUUCGCACCUGACAAUAGCCUUGCGCCCAACGGCAACGUACAGAGCAACAGUGGAGGUGACGCCGGCAUGACCAAGAACGGUGGUACUCCCACCAGUGACAUGUAUAAUGGUGGUAUGAAUAAUGGGGGCAUGUAUAGUGGAGGCGUGUAUAGUGCUGGCAUGCCCAACGGCGGUAUGUACAACGGCGGUAUGUACAACGGCGGUAUGUACAACGGCGGUAUCUACAACGGCGGUAUGUACAACGGCGGUAUGUACAACGGCAGUAUGUACAACGGCGGUAUGUACAACGGCGGUAUGUAUAACGGCGGUAUGUAUAACGGCGGUAUGUACGACGGCGGUAUGUACAACGGCGGUAUGUACAACGGCGGUAUGUACAACGGCGGCAACUGCACGACGCCCACAUUUCCGGGUCCGGCUGCUUCCCCGGAAGAAGCGGUUCUUAGAGGACACGAGUGUGCAGCGGCUCCGUAUAUGCAGAGGUGGAAGGACUUGGUGGACAAGCACUUGGAGCUUUCUACGCAGUAUCAGGUGACCAAUGCGGAGAUGUGCAGACAGGAUCAGACGUACCGCACGUUGUUGGCAGCUAUCGAGUGCGACAAUGCGGGUGCGAAUGGUCAGGAACGAGACGCGAAUGCACAGCUUUCUGCUGAAGAGUUAGUGAGUACGCUGGAGACCUUGGAACAGUUAAGGGAGAAAGCGGAAGCUCUUUGUUCAGAAGUGAAGAAAAAAGAAGAAGAGAUCGCUGCGUGCGUGAACCAAUUAAUCACAGCCAGAGCCACCUUUAGGUCUAUCUUGGCAUCACAGCCGUGGCUCUGGAAUCCCGCCGCAAGCGGGCCACCUCAAACGAUGUUCGCACAACCCCUGUUCGCGCAACCUCCGGCCUUCCCCUUCGCCCCUGGCCCCUGCGCCAGCUUUGUGCCGCAGACUAUAUACCAGUACUCCAGUCCUUACCUUCCCUACCCCCCGACUAUGCCGUUCGGAGAGGAGGAGGACGACGACGACCUCGCUGACGAAGACCUAGAUGGCCAAUAA